UAUUUUUUUUAAAAUAUGUGUGACAUAACCUGCAUUAAAAUUGUGGUAUUGAUUAGAAUUUAAAGACCCUUACUUAACCUUUAAAUUGUAUGUGAACUUAAGUAAUUUUGGAAUUUGGUAUUUGGUAUGAAAACCGUAUUGUGUGUAUAAACUAAUGUGAAGAAAAUAUCAUUCAAAACGAAGGCAAUAAACGCAAUUGGUUGUGUAAAGGCCUGUUCGCAUAUGCUCACAAGCAGGUGUGUUGUAAUGCCCCGAGAAAAGGGUGAUAGUGAACCCGCGGCAUUUUAUAGUCUGAAUAACAACAAUAAUACUAUAGAUGGGAAAACAACAUCCGAUGUUAAAUUAAGAUCCCAAGAAUCAAAGGACCAUCAUUUUCAUCAGAAUCAUCAAGACGGUGGUGGCGGUGGUGGGAUUAGGAAUAGUGUUGAUAGCCCGCGAUUACGUGUACGUAAUAUAACGGCACAACAAAAACAAAGUCAAGACCAAGAUCAGCAAAGAAAGCCGAUGCUUCUUCAAAAACACCCAAGUCGGACUAGCCAAACCCACAUAGAUAAAAUAUUUACCAACUGUAAUACAAGAGCGAUGAGAUACUAUCGAAUAUGGAUCUACACAUGUAAUGCAGUCCUAUUGGUUAGUAUGCUGGGAUUUUGUGCUGUUGCUGGUAAAACAAUUUUAGGAGAUUACCGUAGACAUUUAAUACCCAGUCUAGCCCUGUAUCAGCCAAGUUUUCUUUAUGCCUAUUUAGCAAUUUUUACACAAAGUGGUGUUAUACAAAUUGUAGGAUGUUUAGGUGCAUUAAGACUUAGUGAACGAUUACUGAAUGUCUAUUGGUUAAUGCUUUUGGUAUUAUUAUUUGGUGAUGUUGUCAUUGGAAUUUUUUGGAUGUUCCGAUUGGACAAGAUGAUACAAGAGCUACGACCAGGUUUAAAAUUUCGUUUAUAUAACGAAUAUGGACAUAAUAACGAAUGGACCGUGUUAUGGGAUCGUUUACAACUAGAAACAGCAUGCUGUGGUGUACAAAAUCCAUUAGACUAUGCAAAUUUUCGUUCAUCACAACAACAAUAUCAUCAACAAAUGGUGAAUUCAUGGGCCCAAGCAACAGUUGUUGCAGCAACAACACAAACCAGCACCGUAUCAAUUGCACAAAAUGCUGCAAAUGUUAUCAUCAGUGCAGAUAAUUCAACAUCAACAGUGAGUGCAAGUGCUAGUGCAAGUGCAAGUGCAGCAGCUAGUGCAACAGCAGCUGCAAUACGAAUAUUAGUGCCACCAAGUUGUUGUAUGGGACAAGAUGUAAUAGUGACUGAAGCUAAUGUAACAUUUUUAAAAUGCCCUAUAGUGCAUCACACAGGCUGUGAAGAUAGAUUACGAACUUAUUUACGGCAUACAUCUGAAACAUUAUUUUUAAUAGGUUAUUGUGUCAUUGCAUUUGUUAAAGUUUGCUUUAUCGGUAUACUACGAUAUGAAAUACGUGAAAUGAUACAAAAAAUUAAAUUAUUAAAGGCUGAAAUGGAAUCACGGCCAUCAAUAGCCAGUAUAGAUUUAGGUUCUAGUCCAAAUAUUGGUACAACAAGUCCUAGUCAUACAGUACUAUUAUCUAGUGCCGGUACACAAAAUGUGAAUGGUUCUGUGCGUGGUGCUGGCAUGGAAGGAGGUACAGAAAGUGAACGAGAGAGUUUACUUGUACAAGAUCAAGAAACUCCAGCACAUCGACAGCAUCACCACAGAACAUCGUUAAGUGCUGAUGAUUUAGAAUAUCAUCAAAAAUCAGCGUUACAUCGUAAAUUAUUUCCAGGUGAUAGUAGUGCUGCCGAUUCCGAAUCGCAUUGUGCCUUGUUAGUUGAUGAAGGCACAACAAUUAAAACACCACCAAAUGGUAAUAAUAACUAUGAAAUGCGUGAAUUCCAACAGAUACAUCAGCCAACAACAAUGGUUACCACGCAACAGUAUACGAUACAUAAUCGGGGAUAUCGUCUCAGUAAUCCCGACACGCAAACACAUAACAUGUGACUAAAAUAUAGGCUGGAGGGUCUAUUCAGCCGGGGAAAGUUUAAUAGAGCUAAGAAAGGACCACUCGCGACACCACUCGACGAGCUCUUUGUGCCCAAACGACCUCGGGCGCUCUCCAAACAACUGCAUGAUGCUCCAUUUUAAAAUAAAAACAUGUAACGAUGAAUGAUUCAAUACUAAAUAUUUAUAAAUUUGUUGUUGAAUUUUUUAUACAGGGUGAUUCGAAACCAACGCAUCAACGAUAU